AUGGGGCCGCUGAUCUCGGUGGCUGCAAUGGCCGACAGUUUGAUGCGUGGGAUGAGGCGGGGAUGCGCUAGCGGGGGCUCGGCUUUGUCCGCGCAAGAACACCUUAGGGCUUUCGGGUUUUGUGGAAUGCGCUGUUUUGUGUGUGUGCUUGUGGCGACGCAACUGACCGCAAUGCCAUUGUUGCCGUCUCGUUUUUUGCGCAUUACUAAUCAUGGGGCGGCUGUGCAUUGUAAGUGCGGUGAUCAGCGGGCCUCCUGGAGCGCGCUUAAUGAGCGCCCGAAACUCCUUCGUUUGCGGGGGGCGCGACAUCGACCCGAGCAGGCGGCGGCGGCGGAAGAAAGGCAAUGUGAAAGUGUGAUCCUGUCCAUAAUGGCGGCGACAUUCAGCGCGCUUAAUGACGCCUCGGGAACGCCAUUCGCGCCGCUCAUUCCGAUCAAUGCAGAUAAAGGCAUGGGAAAGGCCCUCCGGGCAUUCCUAGUCCAUCAUCGCCGACAUGCCCCACAAAAGAAGUGGGGGGAAGAAGCAACCAAGAGAAACCGCCAAACCGAUCUCUUCAGCAGGAAAAAAACACAUUUACCCAACCGAGGAAUGCCCCCUUCAACGAUCUAA